AUGUUAGCCGAUGUUAGCCAGGAGAUACCACAAAUCCACACCCAGGCAGACACCACACACCCCACACCCAGGAGACACCACUACCCCACGCCCAGGAGACACCACAUACCCCACUCCCAGGAGACACCACACACCCCACGCCCAGGCAGACACCCCACACCCCACGCCCAGGAGACACCACAUACCCCACUCCCAGGAGACACCACACACCCCACGCCCAGGCAGACACCACAUACCCUACGCCCAGGCAGCCACCACAUACCCUACGCCCAGGCAGCCACCACAUACUCCACGCCCAGGAGACACCACAUACCCCACGCCCAGGCAGACACCACAUACCCCACGCCCAGGCAGACACCACAUACCCCACGCCCAGGCAGACACCACAUACCCCACGCCCAGGCAGUCACCACAUACCCCACACCCAGGCAGCCACCACAUACCCUAUGCCCAGGAGACACCACAUACCCCAUUCCCAGGCAGACACCACAUACCCCACGCCCAGGCAGACACCACAUACCCCACACCCAGGCAGAUACCACAUACCCCACGCCCAGGAGACACCACAUACCCCACGCCCAGGCAGACACCACACACCCCACGCCCAGGAGACACCACAUACCCCACGCCCAGGAGACACCACAUACCCCACGCCCAGGCAGACACCACAUACCCCACGCCCAGGCAGACACCACAUACCCCACACCCAGGCAGCCACCACAUACCCUAUGCCCAGGAGACACCACAUACCCCACUCCCAGGCAGACACCACAUACCCCACACCCAGGCAGACACCACACACCCCACGCCCAGGAGACACCACACACCCCACGCCCAGGCAGCCACCACAUACCCUACGCCCAGGCAGCCACCACACACCCCACGCCCAGACAGAUACCACAUACCCCACGCCCAGGAGACACCACAUACCCCACGCCCAAGAGACACCACACACCCCACGCCCAGGAGACACCACAUACCCCACGCCCAGGCAGACACCACAUACCCCACGCCCAGGCAGACACCACAUACCCUACGCCCAGGCAGAUACCACAUACCCCACGCCCAGGAGACACCACAUACCCCACGCCCAGCUGCUCUGCACAGUAG